GAAGAUGUAAUGCUUGAGAGGGGGUAUAUAAGGGGUGUUGGAGUCCCGAGUUAGCUGCCAUCAAGAAAAGCAACAUCAUCUCGUUGGAAGAUCAUUGAAUCAUUUUCAUUAUGGCUCCCAUUCCUCUCCCCCCAGUUGACGAACCUGCAGAGUUCGGAAAUAACUACAUUCUCUACUGGAACGAAGCUGGGCUUGACCUCAACCGACUCACUCAUUCAGUUGAUGGCCCACAAUCAGGCCCAGUCAUUUCCUCUCGGGCACUGGGAAUGCUACACUUGGCUGUCCAUGAUGCUUAUUUUGCAAUUCACCCUGCAGAGAGUUUCACGACAUUCCUCGCUCCUGGAGCCACAGAUCCCCUGUACCGUCUUCCAGAUCUAAUCGGUGCCAAUGAUGCUCGUCAAGCCGUUGCAGGUGCUGCCAUUACCAUGCUUCAGAAACUCUACACACAGGUGGAUGACAGGAUUUCGUACAAUUCUACAGCUCAGUUGAGGAAGCUCUUGAACAACUUCAUAACUGGGUUCACGGGGCUUGACAUAACGUCCCGCAGCUACCAAUUUGGUGUUGAAGUCGCCAACGUUUUCUACUCUCUCCUCUUCCACCCCGAUGGUGCCGCGCAACACGACUACCAUCCAACAGUCGGACGCUACAAAUUCAACGACGAGCCAACUCAUCCCGUCCGAAUCAUUCCCGCGGACCCGAAUGACCCGAAUGGUCCCAAGAGAGCCAUACGAAUCUACCACGCCCCGUACUACGGCAAGACAGCCAAGCGGCUUGCCACGCAAUCCGAGCAUUACAAUGCCGACCCGCCUGCGCUCCGCACGGCAAGUCAAGACCUUGCUGAGUACGACGACGCUGUCAGAGACAUCAUCCGCAUGGGCGGCUCCCCGGCGCUCAACUCCACCAAGAGAAGCCCAUCCCAAACUGCCAAGGGCCAUUUCUGGGCUUACGACGGCUCCAAUCUCAUUGGCACGCCCGUCCGCCUCUACAACCAGAUCGUCCGCGUCAUCGCCGUGAAAUAUAAGCAAGACCCCGACAUCAGCUCAGAAGUCAACAACGCGGAUUUCGCGCGACUCUUUGCACUUUUCAACACGGCUAUGGCAGAUGCAGGAAUCUUCGCGUGGAAGGAAAAAUGGGAUUAUGAGUUCUGGCGUCCUCUUUCGGGAGUUCGUGAUGACGGCCGCGACGACCAUGGUGAUCCCUUUUGGCUCUCCCUUGGCGCCCCGAGUACGAAUACUAAUAACAUCCCCUUCAAACCGCCCUUCCCAGCGUACCCCAGCGGCCACGCAUCCUUCGCUGGCGCUGGGUUCCAGAUGGUAAGGAGGUACUACAACGGGCGUGUCGGGAGCUGGGCGAACAACGGUCCCGACUCACUCUCCUUCGACUUCGUGUCUGAGGAACUGAACGGCGUCUCGCGAGACUUGGACAAAACUUACGAUCCCACGACCCCGAUUACCGAGCAACCUGGCCUCGUACGCACACGGAUCCAGCGGCAUUUUACGAGUCUUUGGGAAGCCAUCUUUGAGAACGCGAUUUCGCGGAUUUAUUUAGGUGUACAUUGGCGUUUCGAUGCCGCGGCAGCAAGGGAUAUUUUGAUUCCGACGGAUACAGCGGAUGUGUAUGCUGUGGAUGCGAACGGGGCAACGGUGUAUCAGAAUAUUGAGGAUAUAAGGUAUGAGACGAAGGGAACGAAAGAGGGGGUUGAGGGGUUGUGGCCGGUGGGUGGGGUGCCGUUGGGGAUAGGAAUUGCAGAUGAGAUUUGGGAGAGUGGGUUGAGGCCGACGCCGGUGGAGAGGCAGCCGGGUGCUGCUGUGAUGGGUGGGAAAGGGGUCAAUGGGGCGAACGGAGUGGAUGGUGUGAAAGGGGCUAAUGGUGCGAAUGGGAACGGGGUUGAUGGCGUUCAUGAGCUGUGAUCAGGCGCUUAGUCCUUUGGAGUGAAAGAUUAGUUACAUGGUUUAAUUUCCAAGCUGUUUUGUAACUAUACCUUUGAUGUAUGCUUUGAGUUUUAUCGCAGAAUCAUGUAUUCAGUCCCUUGGUAUUGGGAGUCAGUUACGUUGUUUAAUUUCUAGGUUGUUUUGUGG